AUGGCUCCAGGCGGCGGAGGAAAUAUCAAGGUGGUGGUGAGGGUGCGGCCCUUCAACAGCAGAGAAAUCGACCGAGGCGCAAAAUGUAUCGUUCAGAUGCAAGGAAACCAGACCAUCAUCACCCCACCACCCGGCGCCGAGGAAAAACUCCGUAAGAGUGGCAUGAAGAGUGCUCUGGAGGGACCGAAAACGUUCGCAUUUGACAGAUCGUACUGGUCGUUUGACAGAAAUGCCCCUAAUUAUGCCGGCCAAGAGGAUCUUUUCAGAGACCUGGGAAUACCACUACUGGACAAUGCCUUUCAGGGUUAUAACAACUGUAUUUUUGCUUAUGGCCAGACCGGUUCUGGCAAGUCUUAUUCGAUGAUGGGUUACGGCAAGGAACACGGUGUGAUCCCGAAUAUUUGCCAGGAGAUGUUCAGGCGCAUUGAGGAAUUGCAGCAAGAUAAGAAUUUAACUUGUACGGUCGAAGUCUCAUAUCUUGAAAUUUACAAUGAACGCGUGCGGGAUCUGCUCAACCCGACCACAAAGGGAAACCUCAAAGUGCGAGAGCACCCUUCCACUGGUCCAUAUGUCGAAGAUCUUGCCAAGCUCGUGGUGCGCUCGUUCCAGGAAAUCCAAAAUCUUAUGGACGAAGGUAACAAAGCCAGAACUGUCGCCGCCACCAACAUGAAUGAGACAUCCAGUCGAUCUCAUGCCGUCUUCACCUUGACCUUGACACAGAAACGGCACGAUGCGGAAACGUCCAUGGAUACGGAGAAAGUGUCGAGAAUCAGUCUGGUCGAUCUGGCAGGCUCGGAGAGAGCAACGUCUACCGGUGCUACUGGCGCUCGGCUGAAGGAGGGUGCCGAAAUCAACCGUUCUCUGUCUACCUUGGGUCGUGUCAUCGCUGCGCUUGCAGAUAUGUCUUCUGGCAAGAAGAAUAAGAAUGCCCUGGUUCCCUAUCGUGACUCAGUCCUUACGUGGCUGCUUAAGGACUCGUUAGGAGGUAACUCCAUGACGGCGAUGAUUGCGGCCAUUUCGCCCGCCGACAUCAACUUCGAAGAGACUCUCAGUACUCUGCGAUAUGCCGAUUCUGCGAAGCGAAUUAAGAACCACGCAGUGGUCAAUGAAGACCCGAAUGCCCGUAUGAUCAGAGAACUUAAAGAGGAGCUGGCUCAACUGAGAAGCAAACUUGGGGCUGCGGAAGCAGGUGGAUCUGGAUCUGGGGUUCCAGCGGAGGAAAAUUACCCUCCUGACACCCCUCUUGAGAAGCAGAUUGUGACCAUUCAGCAACCAGACGGCACCGUGAAGAAGGUCAGCAAGGCGGAGAUUGUCGAGCAACUGAAUCAGAGUGAGAAACUUUAUAGAGACCUCAAUCAGACCUGGGAAGAGAAACUGGCCAAGACAGAAGAAAUACACAGGGAACGUGAGGCCGCUCUUGAAGAACUGGGUAUCAGCAUCGAGAAGGGUUUCGUGGGUUUGAGCACGCCGAAGAAGAUGCCACACUUGGUCAAUCUCAGCGACGAUCCCCUCCUGGCGGAAUGUCUCGUCUACAAUAUCAAACCUGGGAAGACCAGGGUGGGAAACGUGGAUCCAGAGAACGCUUCAGAGAUCCGACUGAACGGUUCCAAGAUCCUCCACCAUCACUGCACGUUCGAGAAUGUGGACAACGUCGUGACAAUCGUGCCCAACGAAGGUGCCGCGGUUAUGGUGAAUGGAUUGCGGAUCGACAAGCCGACUCGUCUCCGAAGUGGCUACCGCAUCAUUCUGGGAGAUUUCCAUAUUUUCCGCUUCAACCAUCCCGAAGAAGCCCGUGCAGAACGGGUGGAACAGUCUCUGCUACGUCAUUCCGUCACUACCAGCCAGUUAGGCUCACCUGCACCUAACAAGACUCAUGAUCGGACGAUGAGCAAGGCUGGAUCGGAGGCUGAUGGAGAUUCAAACAGGGCUGAUUCUCCCAUGCCCUAUUCGCGCGGUCGGGACUCGGACUGGUUCUACGCUCGCAGAGAAGCGGCAAGUGCGAUCCUGGGGACUGAUGUGAAAAUAUCGCAUCUCACGGAUGACGAGUUGGACGCGCUGUUCGACGAUGUGCAGAGGGCGAGAGCGGUUCGACGAGGCCUGGUUGAGAAUGAGGAGGACUCUGACUCGCUCAGCUCAUUUCCCGUCCGCGACAAGUAUAUGUCAAACGGCACCAUCGACAACUUCUCUCUCGAUACCGCGAUCACCAUGCCAGGCACCCCUCGUCAAGGUGACGAUGAAGCGGCCAAUGGUGAUUCGACACUGCAAGCGACGCGCGACGAUAUGCAGCGGCAGUUAGACCAGCAGAAGGCGGAGUAUCAAGAGAAGCUGAAAAGCGCCGAAGCUUCGUCUCAGGACGUGGAAGAAUUGCGCCAGGAGAAAACUCGCAUGGAGGAGGCUCUCAAGACGGCCAAGGCGGAGUUUGAGGAACAGCUCAGGAAACAGAAAGAGGAGUUUGAAAGCCACAUCAAGGAAAUGGGGCAGCCUGUCCCCAAAAUCUAUGAGAAUGGCUUCGCCAGGCUCGAGCCACGAGAAAUCGAAAUCGCGAAAUCGGUGUUCAGCCACUGGUCGCAGCGAAACUAUGUGCGCAUGGCCGAGUCCAUUCUCCAGCACGCUUCUCUGUUGAAGGAGGCGCAGGUCAUGAGUCAGAUCAUGGACAAGAAUGUUGUAUUCCAGUUUGCAAUCAUUGACAAUGGCCACAACAUGGCUUCGUCAUAUGAUUUGGUUCUCAAUGGCAUCUCGGGCGAAGACGACGCUGCAUUGGACGAGGCGAAGAAGCCAUGUGUCGGGGUCCGUGUGAUUGAUUACAAGCAUUGCGUGAUUCACCUCUGGUCGAUUGAGAAACUGCGGCGUCGGGUUCAAGCGAUGCGUCAGAUGCAUCAAUAUAUCGACCGCCCGGACUACAUCCAGCACUUCAAAUUAGAGAACCCGUUUUCUGAGACAUGUCCGGCGCAGUAUUCCCUCAUAGGUGACGCAGAUAUUCCUCUCACUGCCGUAUUCGAAACCCGUGUUCAGGACUUUUCGGUCGAGGUGAUCUCGCCUUACACUCAGAGUGUGAUUGGGAUCAUCCGGCUGUCUCUGGAACCAUCUUCUGCGCAGGCGCCUUCUUCCACAUUGAAAUUCAACGUGGUGAUGCGGGACAUGGCUGGUUUCGCAGAACGCGAAGGUACGGAUGUCCAUGCGCAGCUUUUCGUCCCGGGUAUCUCUGAAGAAGGUGGCGCUACGACGACCCAGAUGAUCAAGGGGUUUGACGAGAACCCGGUUCGAUUUGAGAGUGUGCACAGCAUGAGUCUGCCUCUGUCCAGCCCUCGGACUGCCACAUUAAAGGUGUGUAUUUACGCUCGUGUCACGACCAUGCACCUGGAUAAGCUCCUCAGCUGGGACGACAUGCGUGACUCUUCGGAGGCUCCUAGCAAGAAACGGAAGACUCCCCGGCUUGCUGAAACUGAAUUCUAUUCCGAGGAACGACAUGAUGUGUUUGCGAGAAUCCAAAUUCUUGAGCUCGCGGAGUCGGGUGAUUAUCUUCCCGUCGAGGUCGUGCAGAGCAGCAGCUUGGACGCUGGUACGUAUCAGCUGCAUCAGGGUCUGCAACGGCGGGUUGUGAUUCAUCUUACGCACAGCUCCACGGAGAGUUUUCCGUGGGACGACAUUACGAAUCUCCGCAUCGGAUCAGUCCGCCUGCUCGACCCAUGGGGCAAGAUCCCGGACCAGGACUUUCAGACGCCGGACGUCCCAUUGAGAUUGAUCCAAGAACCAGCGAUCAAAGAUAACGCCGACGGAACGUCCAAUGUGACUAUCAUUGGCCAAUGGGAUUCGAGUCUGCACGGUUCGCUGUUGCUUGAUCGCACCACAGCCGAUAAAUAUCGCGUACAGGUAUCGCUGCGCUGGGACCUCAUCUCUUCGCGGGUGCAGGACCCGAUCACUUUCGAAGUCGAUCAGACUUUGCAGAUUCUCGGACGGUCAUAUGUCCGCCCGCAAUCGUUGUUCAAGCAGUUCUGGAACACCACGCGAGUGGUGCACUCGACGGUGGGCAUGUUUUCGGUGGCCAUCCGUCCGGUCUCUGCCAAACGGGCAGCGGAUCUCUGGCGGAUGAACACGCAAAACGAUUAUGUGAAGGGUGAGGAACUUCUGGGUAACUGGGCUCCGCGGAAAGUGUCCCUCGUUCGUGAUUUUAUUGCGACUCGUAAACGGCGGCAACGUGCGGCGGAGCUGGACGCGGCCAGGGGGGCUCUUAGUGCGGAUAGCUUGGUGGUGUCGCCGGCCAGGAGUGGUCGAUCGACGCCGAUGCGCAACCAAGAGCUGUCGGAACGGCAAAUCAAGCUCCUACAGAAGUAUCUUGGUCUGUGGUCGACGAGAAAGGAUCCUACGGAGGCGAUCCUGGUGAAGAGCAACACAGAGCAACCGGCGAACGGUGCGGCGUCAGCGAAGCCGGCAAAGGAGUCUGCUUCGGAUGAUGCCAGCGAGGCCUCGGAUCACAGCCCGCCGAAGCCGCGGUAUCUUGCGACGGUACAGACUAUAUCGAAGAACCCUUCGGUGUUGAAGUCAGGCUAUCUCUUGACGCCUGAUGACACGAACAGCCAUUGGAUUCGACGGUUCGUCGAGCUUCGGCGGCCGUACCUCCACCUGUAUUCUGUUCCGGACGGGGACGAGAUCAACGCGAUCAACCUGCGGCACGCACGCGUGGACCAUGAGCCGGACUUUGCGCGUCUUCUGGAUGGAUCUGGCGCGGGGGCGGACACGCGCGGACGGCCAAAUAUCUUUGCGAUUUACUGUCCACAGAACACGUUCCUCUUUGCAGCGCGGACGGAGGCGCAGAAGGUGGAAUGGAUCUUGAAGAUCGACGAGAGUUAUUUCAGUAGCAAUGGCAGGGAUGCGCGCGAUCGAUAG